GGCGCUGGGACAAUUUGCAGAGUGGGGAUGCUGAGAGUCAUUGAACCAAGCUGUAACCCCUGUAUGCAAGGGAAGCCGCUUCAAGCCACCCAAAGCACCCCUAGCUCCAGCACCUACUAUCCCUUUCCUUUACGUUGAGGGGUCCAAAAAAGAAAACAAAGUCUGGUGGAAGUGGAGGUCAAAAGAAACUUAGCAAAGCUGAACGACUGAGAUUACAGAAAGAAGAAGAAGAUAGAAGAUUAAUAGAGGAAGAUUUCUCAUUCUUCAGAGGAAGCCCGUUUACGAGCUGAACAAGAAGAAGCAGAAAGACUCGAAAAGGAGAGAAUUGUGCAAGAGGAGAGGGAAAGGCUUGAAGCAAAAGAUCAAGAGCGGAGAGGGACUGAACUUGCAGAACUCCAUUCAUUAGAAGAGAACUUUUUAAGUGCAAGGCAAUGGAAAGCAGAUUAUAGAGCACAUGCUAAGAUGCGGAAACUGAGAUAGAGAUGUUGAGGUCACAGAGUGAACCAAGACUGAAGUGGGAGCAUUACAUGCAAUGUGAUGGGAGUCCUGACCCAACUGUGCCCCAAGAAAUUAAUACUUUCAUGAGCUUGUGGCAAGAAAAUAAAAAUGAGGAUAUUGAGUUUGUGAUCGAGAAAGGAAACCAAGUGCUAAAUUUAAUUGAGAAGUUGUAUUUUCUGUUAUUGGACACACCGCCAAAUGAGCUAAAGGAAAAGGUCAUCAUUCAAUACCAGGAAUCAAUUCUGGAAUUGCAGAGUCUUCUUCAUCAGAAAUACAAUGAAGCAACAGAACGCCUACUUAAAAAGGCUAAUACUUACGCAGAUUCUGACAGUGGAAAUAUGGAGGUGGCUAUAAAAGAUAAAAAUAUCACUUUCUGUAUCUGGGGAAACCUCAAGAAGAAUCCAAGAUUCAAAAAUCAUAUGUUUAGUGAUGCAGAAAAUGGAUUUGACCUUCCAAAGACAGUGGCCACAAGUGAUGUUGCUGUCCGCAUCUUGCACACUCAUUAUGAUCAUAUUUCCCCACUACAAUGCAUUCCUAAAUUGCAUUUAAAAGUGCAAGCCCCAGAAAGCAAACAAGAAUUAACUGUGCUUUAUGAUAUGAAAGAAGAAAAAGAAGGGGAACAAAAGAGUGGAGAAGAUAGCGACUUGGUAAUUGAAAAGGAAUCUGAUGGAAGAAAGAGUGCCAUCUCUUUCAAAGACAGCAUUAAAAUUGAUCCUGAUGAAAAUGAGAAGCUAGAAGAGGAAUCUGAUAAGAAAUCAGAAAAUGUUAGCACCAUUUCAGGAGUGCAGGUUGCACCACUGCAGGUGGCCACUGAUGAAAAAGAAGAAGAGAUAAUUGGCGAAAAUAUAGUUGAUUUGCACCAGUUCACACCAGUGGGUGGAGUGUACCUUAUUGAUGCACUGAAGCUCCCACCUCAAGCCAAACAAAUCAAAGGCUGGAUCAUGGUGGAAUUACUUGAUGUAGGAUUGGAGACAUAUCCCUAUCCUCCAGAAUCAGAAGAAACUGAAGAUGCCACAUAUCCACGUAUAGGGGUGACUCUUAGGCUUCUUGACAGUGUGAUAUUUUUUGAGGAGCCUGUGGUUGCCAGAUGGGAUUCUGCAGGCAAACAAUGGAGAACUGAUGGUAUCAGUGACAUAAAGUACAAAAUGAAAGAGAAACAAAUCUCUUUUGAGAUGGAUGCUUUUUAUACAAUCACACUGCUUCAGGAUGCUCACCUCAAUAUGCCAUAUCAGUCAUGGGAACUGAGACCUAAUGGCACAGAUGAAUUACUUUUCACUGUUGUUACAGCUUUUGCAGAAGUUCAAAUGCAGAUUAAGGGUAAUCAGUGUAUGCUGUCUUCAAUAACUGUGGAUGGGAGUGAAAAACUUUCCCACUUGACAGGAAAAUGGACAUCUCCAAUUGACCUGACCAUUGCUUUGAAAAAGGCUGGAGUGAACAUUUUCCCAUCAGACUACUCUUACAAGUACGUCUGCGUGAACAAGAAGACUCUACUAGCAGAAGUCACAACUUAUCAACAGAUGGCGCUGGUUGCAUCUUCUUUUGCUUUCAGUUGGAGCAAGUGGAAUCUGGCAUCUGGUCAAGAUCAAGUAGUAUUUAAGGUGAGUGAACACCUUAAAACCAAUGCUGUUAAAGAUGAAGACUGGUCCCUUUAUAUGUUUAAUGGUCAGCGAGCACAAAGGCUCAUAAUCAGUGAAACUAGCGAAGCCUUCUCAGAAGAUCUAGCGAACAAUACUGAAUUUCAUUCUACGCUGUACCAUCUGAUCAAAGAUUUUGCCAGUGAAGAAGCAAUUGAAAAAGUAAAGAAAGCCAGCUGCCUAUUUAUUGAUGCUGUAUACCAACUGCUCAUUGCUACUAGAGUGUUAACAUACUCUUAAGCCAAUAUUUUAAAUUAACUUUAUUGAGCAUCAAGAACUCAGUCAAUAACAUUACAUUUGAUGUCUCAUUUCACAUGCAAAUCAAAACAGCUUUUUAAAUGCCUAAAAAUGCAUUAAGAAAAAGUUUGUGAAUAAAAUUCGUUACUUUCUAGUAA